AUGGGAGCAAUUCAAGCAAAAGAGCUUCACAAAGAAACACACAAUCAAGCCAAACCAUCUGGAUCUGAUCCAGAAAUAAGAGAAGAGCGCAGGAUCUCUGACUCAAUUGACACACUAAAUUUAUCACACAUCCCAAAUGACAUAAUUAAUAGCUGGAAUUUCAAUUGUUUGAAUGACAGCGCAUCUCCAUCCAAAGACCUAGAUGAGUUUAUGUAUUCCCAAGAGUCACGGAGCAGCCGAAAUAGCAUAUCUCUUGAACACACCAUAAAAGACUGCCUAAGCAAUCUGAACUGUGUUACAGAUUUAUGUCCAAGAUUUUCAUAUCAAAUUGAUAAGUUUAACAACAAGUUUGCCCUCGGAGACGAAGCCAUCCGAGGCAUUUUUGAGUCAGAUCUCGAGGCAUGCGAGGUCCCAGACAACUGCAAUGAGAUGGAAUUGUAG